CCCCCCCGCCACCACUUCUUUGGUAUCUUACUUUCUAGGGAUUUGGAUCGGAAAAUCUUUAGGUUUUGUUCUUUUCGAAUAUUUUCGUUGGAGUUAGGCUUCUCGGAGGUUGGGUGGCAUAUCAUAGAGAAAUCUGAGCUGCCAAUGCCAUUAUUGGUUUUGUUUAUAAAGAUUUUUUCGGUGGUUUUUAAGAUACCGAAAAAGCUUAAUUUUGAGGUCAUCAAUGUCUUGGGCAGGGCCGGAAGACGUCUACCUCUCGACCUCUCUCGCCAGCUAUCUUGACAAGAAACUUCUUGUACUGCUGCGAGAUGGUCGAAAGUUCUUGGGGAUUCUUCGUUCUUUUGAUCAAUUUGCUAACGCCGUACUUGAGGAAGCAUGUGAGAGAGUUAUUGUUGGUGAUCUUUAUUGUGACAUUACUUUGGGCCUAUAUAUAAUCCGUGGAGAGAAUGUUGUUUUAAUUGGGGAGUUGGACUUGGAGAGAGAGGAACUUCCCCCUCACAUGACUCGUGUUUCAGAAGCAGAAAUUAAAAGGGCACAGAAAGCAGAAAGGGAAGCUACAGAUCUUAAAGGGUCCAUGAGGAAAAGAAUGGAAUUCCUUGACCUGGAUUAAUGACGUUUGCUACUUCAUGGAGUUCUUUCACGUCUGUCCGCAAAUAUUACAGCGGCUUCUCUCUCUCUCUCUCUCUCUCUGUUGGCUGUUGGAUAUUGAUAGGUGUUAAAACUUAAAGAGGGCCAAAAUCUUUGUAAUAUUUGUUUGAAUGAAUACAACUACUUCUUUGAUGUAGAAGAUUGAUGAUUUUAAUGGGGGUUUGAAGUUCAUAAACCA